UGACCGUAGUCAGGGAUAAAGGCUCUCCUUGGCUUCUCAGGGGCAUCUGGUCCCCCGAGGCUUUCGGCUUCCUGGGCAGGACCUUGGAAGUGCAUUGGUUGGAGGAUCUGGGGAGCCAGACAGCCACAGCUGAGCCAAGAACCACCUCAGUGCAAAAAAACCACCACUCUGCUUUCCAUUUUGCUGCCUGAGACAAACCACAUCCUCCCCACCCCUGACAGGCUCCAUGGAGAGCUCAGAUGUGGAGCUGGACCUCCAAAGAAGCGUGCAGGCGGUGCUCAGGGAGCUCAGUGCCCAGGCCCCAGCCCUGCAGAGCAACCAGGGCAUGUGGAGAUGGUCCCUGCACAAGAAAGUGGAGCGUGAUCCUGGGAAGAGCCUGGUGCUGGUGCGCAUUCUCCUCAGAGAGCUGGAGAAGGCAGAAAGCGAGGAUGUCCGGCGUGUCAUCAUUCCCUUGCUGCUCACUCUAAUGUACGUGCUCACCAAGGCCACAGGCAUCACAGAAGAGCUCUACCGGAGAGCCUACGCCUUCUGUAUCAGGCUGCUGACCCUGCCCGCUCCCUACUGUACCAUCGCCUUGGACUGUGCCAUAAGGCUGAAAAUGGAGACAGCUGUCCCAGGGACGCUGUACCAAAGGACAGUCAUUGCUGAGCAGAACCUGAUGAGUGAACUGUACCCCUACCAGGAAAGAGUGUUCCUGUUUGUGGAUCCCGAGCUGGUAUCUGCCGCCGUGUGCAGUGCCCUGCUGCUGGAGAUCGAGGCUGCCCGGGAGCAGCGCACACCUGAGGCCUGCAUGCGUCUCGUGGUCUCCCACGCCCUGCAGGCGGCUCUGGGGGAGGCCUGCCACACAGGCACCCUGCACAGGAAGCUGCAGGCCAGCUCCCGGCGCGUCCUGGAGCACUAUUUCCACGCCGUGGUGGCGGCCGUGGAGCAGGUGGCAGGCGAGGCCAGCGCCAGCCGCGAGGGACACCUGCAGAGGCUGGAGGAGAUUUACUGCUCGCUGCUGGGGCCGGCGGCCGCGAGGGGGCGCUGUGGCGGUGACCCUCUCCAAGACCGGCAGCCAAGCAUCCCCCUGCCCAGCCCCUACAUCACCUUCCACCUGUGGACUGACCUGGAGCAGCUCUGGAAGGAACUGGUACUCUUCCUCCGCCCACGUUCCCAGCUGCGCCUGAGUGCUGACUUGGAGGCCUUGGACCUGCAGGGCCUCAGGCGGGACCGGAACUCAGCCAGAGUGUCUGUGCUGUCCACUGACAGUGGUAUCGAGCGUGACCUUCCCUUGGGGGCUGAUGAGUUCCUGGCCCCUAGCAGCCCCGAGACGGAACCGGCUGUGCUGCAGCGCAAGGGGGGCAUCAAGAAGCGUGCGUGGCCCCCGCACUGCUCCAUGCUUGGCACCUGGGACGGGCCCCCGGGGCUGCAUCGGAGGACUGGCAGACCCAGUGGGGACGGGGAACUGCUACCUGGUGUCUCCCGAGUACACACGGCGCACGUGCUGGUGCUGGGGGAUGACAGGAUGCUGGGACAACUGGCGCAGGCCUACCACAGACUCAGGACACGGGAGACCAAGAAGUUCUGCCUCACUCCCAGACUCAGCCUGCAGCUCUACUACAUCCCGCUGCUCACACCUCAGGACCCUGCAGCAUCCAAGAAGCCUGAGCUGGGAGAGUUGGCCUCCUUUCUGGGCCGUGCAGAUCCUUGGUAUGAAAGCACUGUCAACACCUUGUGUCCCGCCAUCCUCAAGCUGGCUGAGAUGCCUCCCUGCCUGGACACAUCCCGGACUGUGGAUCCCUUCAUCCUGGACGUUAUCACCUACUAUGUUCGCAUGGGCACACAACCCAUCUAUUUCCAGCUCUACAGGGUCAAGAUCUUCAAUGACCUAAGCCAAGAACCCACAGAGGACAUUUUCCUCACAGAAUUGAAGGUGAAGAUUCAAGACUCCAAGUCCCCCAAAGAGGGCUCUUCACCCCGGAGGAGAGGGGCAGCUGAGGGCCCUGGCGGGGAGCUGUCUAUGUGCUACCGAAAGGUCCCCCUCAGCCACAGGCCGCGGGAGGUCAGUGUUGCUGUGCGGGCUACCGGGCUGGUCCUGAAGGCCAUUCCAACCAGUGACACUGGAGUUUCAGGGUUCUCUCCCUGCACCCCAGCUGCUGCUCCUGUUACGGACCACACAUGUCUGCAUGUCAGUGUGACAGAGGUUGUCAAGACCUCCAACCUGGCGGGAAGGUCAUUCUCUACAGUAACAAACACCUUCCGGACGUCCAACAUCCAGGUCCAGAGCCAGGACCAGAGGCUGCUGACACUGUGGCUGGACAAGGACAACCGGCGGACUUUCAGGAAUGUGGUCAGAUUUGAAGCUGAUCCGUGCCCAGAGCCAUGUUCCAGGGCCCCAAAGUCCAAGAUGUCGGGAUUAAAUUCUCAUGGGCAGGAGACAGAAAGGACCACAGCAAGGCCUAAACCCCUCCUGAUGCCCAUCAACACAUUUUCUGGCAUCAUCCAGUGAGCCUGUCGACAGCGGGAAGAGCUGGGUCCAAGGGCAGCAAGCCCAAGAGGAAGUACACACUACCCUGUACCGUGCUUGCGGGGGCAAACACACAGCCAGGACAAACAUCCAACUUCCCUGGGCAGCCCAAGAACACCUGGGAGCCCAAAGAGUAUGUGAUGAAGGACCCACACCAAGGCCACUGAAUUGCCAGCCGGGCUGGGAUAGAAUGAGCACUUGCACAAACAGCCCCGAUUCUCCCAGGAGCAUCAGCCUGCCCCCCGUCUCCAUCUCCAACUGUCUUCACCCACUCAAGCUUCCUACCUAGCCCAGAAAACCAGUAUAGAGAGCUGGGCAGCACAGUGAUGGAACACUAGUGCUUCGUGUGUGAGGCCCUGGGUUUAUUUUAUUUUAUUGGUUUUCAAAGGUGGUGUUUCACUCUAGCCUGGGCUGACCUGGAAUUCGCUAUGUAGUCUCAGGCUGGCCUUGAACUCACGGCGAUCCUCGCACCUCUGCUUUCCGAGUGCUGGGAUUAAAGGCGUGCGCCACCACACCAGGGCCUGAGACAAGAUUUCCUACGAAGCCCUGUGGCCAAGGGGAAAGAUGGAAGUAGGUCAGAAACACUGUGCCUACUUCUUCUGGGUCUCUUCCCUUGUAGUUCUUGGGUCACUGCUCGUCUCACCCAUGCCCAGACGGGUCUCUCUCAGUGGAGAAGAGAAUGACAGCAUCAAUAAAGUGUUUCUCCUUUCGUCUUA